AAAGUUUGUUUAGUUUGACUCGAAAAAAUCAAACUGAACGAAGACUCUGAGACGAAUGUAGUAGUUCGUUAAAAAAGGUGGGACGCCCACCCUGGAGCCCCCACACCCCAGCCAGACAAGAUUGUGAGGGAGUAAAUCAUGGUAUAAUCUCAACCUGGUCUUUAGAGAGGCCGCCCUGUGCCCGGUGCGCACAAGAAGUUAUGACAAAUAAUAGAACUCUCGCAUUGCCGCUGCUGGCAUUUGACCCUAAGAUCAACGGGUUUGACAUGCCCUCCUUUAAUUCGUUGAGCUGUCCAUGCUCGCUUAAGCCAAUCAGACGAGCUCAAUCAUGGAUGAGCUGAGUAGACGGGCUCAAUCAUGGAUGAGCCGAGCAGGCCUGGGCUUAACCACCAUUAAUGGAAGACCUGUCGGACAUCAAGAAGAAGAAGGCCAAGAGCCGCCGGACAAAUUCAAAGAAUCCCAGACCGAUUCCGCCGCCGACGGCGACUACGACGACGAUGACUACGAGCUGGCCACGUCGUCGUCGGAAGAGCCCCACCGGGGCCCGGGUCGACGGUUUGCCCUGUUCGCCUCCCCUGUUCCGCUCGACCUUCUGCCUCCCGCCCCUGUUCAGUACAUGACCGUCGGAAUCCGUCCGGCGGCCGGAAGGCCGGCGCCGGAGGAGGCUUCGUCGCCGAACAGCGUGGCCUCGUCGUUCCGGGCGGUCGACUUCAGCGUUUUCAAGAGGAACAGGGCCGGCGCCGGGAUGGAAGAAAACAGGGGAGCAGGUCAGAUGAAUGGGCUUGACGCCGCCGCGCACGGCGGCGUAACGGCGGUGGAGAGGGCGAGCGACGACGACGAGAACGCGGCGAAUGGCCGGAAAAAACUACGGCUUUCGAAAGAACAGGCGGCUUUUCUUGAAGAGAGCUUUAAAGAACAUCACACUCUCAAUCCUAAGCAAAAGCAUGCCCUUGCAAAGCAGCUGAACCUCCGGCCAAGGCAAGUGGAAGUGUGGUUCCAAAACAGAAGAGCCAGGACAAAGUUAAAACAAACAGAAGUGGACUGUGAGUACUUGAAGAAGUGGUGUGAGAAGUUGAGGGAAGAGAACAAAAGGCUGAGCAAAGAAUUGCAAGAACUCAGAGCUUUGAAGUCUUCCAAUCCCUUCCACAUCAAUCACCCCCCCACCACCCUCACCAUGUGCCCCUCCUGCGAAAAGGUCGCCGCCGCCGCCGACUCGGGUCCCGCCGCCGUCCCGUUCCCGGCGAAUCCCUCGGCCAGGCUCACGUUCCCGUUCCCCGUCGUGGCGGCACCGCAGACUCCCGGCCACCAAUCUGCGGCGUCUUGAAGGUCGCCGGGAAUCGAGAUCCGGCGUGUUUCGCCGGAGUUGGUUCUGGAAUCUUUGAGUUAGUGCUCGUUUUGGCCUCUCUAAGUGUACCUGGGAGUUAAUUUGAUUUUAUUGGCUUAAAUCAGAUUAAUUAGUCUGUGUAGUCCAAAAAUCCCUCUAAUGAAAUUUAUGUUCAUCG